AUCCUGAAACUCAGCCAGGCCCGAAAAUCAACAGCACGACAAGCAGUCGGGUACAUCAAAAAGGCCUUUCUAGCCACCAAGUGGGCUACCCUAUUACUACGCCGACCUACAAAUCGAAUACUCAAACCAGGAUGGAGGGCACAAAUUUGCACUACCUCGCUAAGAACAGCCCCCAUCCUACUAUCAUUUACUUCCCUCCGCCGAAUUUUAUCGAUAAUUACCUUGGCAUCCCCCUCAAAGCGAAUCAUACUAAACCCUUGAGCUAAACACCACUUCACAGCCUCCCGAAGCGCCAGGACUUCACCAAUCACCGGAUCAUCAAUAACUGAGAACUGAACCCCUGCAGCCCUCAGGACCCCACCCUCUGAACUGAGCACCAUGCCCCCGCAGAGUGGGAGCCUGAUUUCGUCGCCCCAUUCCACCGACAGACAAGACCAGCAUCCCCUUGCGGAGCCGGAUGACUUUGCAAUCCACCCAUAGCCAAGCUAGGGGUAAUAUACAUUUGACAUGAAAAGGAACAAAUUGGAGUUGGACAAUGCAUCUUAAAAUUGGAUCGAGAAACAAGUUUAAUUUUUAUCAAAUUUAAGUUUAAUUGAGACAUUCACGUAAGCUCAAUUCGUAUUAUAUAUUUAUGUUAGUCAUUUGUUAUUCGUUUGAUUGGUUUGUUAAGCUAUUAGGUAAUAUAUUUUAUAAGUUAGAUGAUUAGGCUAACAUAAAUAAAAAUAUGAGUUAUAUUAGAGAAUUCAUAUUGUACUUUGUAGGCUGUAGCGACAAAUUUGUUAGAAGUAAAGAGUUCAGUGAUCAGUUGUUUAGAGAGUACAAAAUUUAGUGACCAUUUGUGUGAUGACCUCUUGAUAAAUACGCGUCCCAGAGCGAACAUAUCAGCUCAACUAGUCUUCCCGUCGUCGCGUGAGAAAUAGAGAGAGCGAGAGAGUAGAUCGAGAAAAAUCAGAGAUGGACGCCAUUGACAACGUCUUCGAUCCUUUGAGGGAGUUCGCCAAGGACAGCGUCCGACUCGUGAAGCGUUGCCACAAGCCCGAUAGGAAAGAAUUCUCGAAGGUGGCAGUGCGAACGGCGAUUGGUUUCGUGGUGAUGGGAUUCGUAGGGUUCUUCGUCAAGCUCAUCUUCAUCCCGAUCAAUAACAUCAUCGUCGGAUCUGGUUAGAUUCAGCUAAGGUAAGCUUCGAUUCCCCUGGCUUACAGUUCGUUCCUGUUUACUGCAAUUCAGCUCUAGUAGAUCUAGUGACUGGUGCCUUAGGGAAUUGAGGUAGUGCAGAAUACAUGCAUUCAGUACAAAACUUAUGCUGAAAUUCUUUUUAUCAUUAUGCAUGUUGAAUAUAUGAAUGAUGACAAUCAUUAGCAUCGUUGGCCUGUCUGGUAGUUCGCCUAUGAGCUGAAGGGUAAGCUUGGAGUUCCAGGCUUCGCUCCAGCUAAGCUUAAUUUAGCUCUAAUACCUGAUACAAUGAUGCUGAGCAUCCCAUGGUCAAUAACUUGAAAGAAAUUGAAUCGUGCUGG